UCAUUGGCCAAUACAGUUCGCCUGUGUGACGUCACACGAUCUUAUCAGGAAGGCUUGCAGUGAAAAUUAUUAGGUCCGUGUUUUCCCCUCCUGAGAAUUGGGAGCUGAUUUUAUGAAUCAACAUGAGUCAUUUGAGGAUUCUGACUAGCAGACUGAAGUCUCAAACUUUUCAGUUGUUGGUGAAACGCAAUAAUGUUCUUUGGGCACGGUGUUCAUGGAAACGUUACACAUCAUCAGGAUCUGCUGAACCUUUUCUCAGUGGCAGCAACUCAAACUAUGUUGAAGAAAUGUACUUUGCUUGGCUUGAAAAUCCUAACAGUGUUCAUAAGAUCCGUGGACAUCAUGUGGCACAGUUAGAUCCAUUAGGAAUCCUGGAUGCAGAUCUGGACUCUUUUGUUCCAUCUGAUUUAAUCACAACUAUCGAUAAGCUGGGGCUUUAUGGUCUACAUGAAUCAGAUCUGGAUAAAGCAUUCCGGUUGCCCACCACAACUUUUAUUGGCGGGAAAGAAAGCAGUUUAUCAUUAAGGGAAAUCAUAAAAAGGCUGGAGUGUGGUGGUCAUCUUGGAGAAAGCACUGGUAGUUCUAUUGGAGUAGAUAAGUUGCUGCUAGGGCGAUUGAAUGUUUUGGCAAAUGUAAUCAGAAAGGAAUUGGAGCAGAUAUUCUGUCAGUUUGACCCAAAGCUUGAAGCUUCUGAUGAGGGCUCAGGGGAUGUGAAAUACCACCUUGGCAUGUACCAUGAGAGAAUUAAUCGAGUGACCAACAAGAAGAUAACAUUGUCUCUGGUUGCAAAUCCAUCCCAUUUAGAGGCAGCUGACCCAGUGGUACAAGGAAAGACCAAGGCAGAACAAUUCUAUCGUGGUGAUACUGCAGGAAAGAAAGUGAUGUCUAUUCUGAUACAUGGGGAUGCUGCCUUCGCUGGUCAAGGUGUGGUGUAUGAGACUUUUCAUCUUAGUGAUCUUCCAUCAUACACAACAAAUGGCACUGUACAUGUUGUUGUCAAUAACCAGAUUGGCUUUACCACAGAUCCACGUAUGGCCCGUUCCUCUCCAUAUCCUACUGAUGUUGCCCGUGUGGUGAAUGCUCCUAUUUUCCAUGUCAAUGCUGACGAUCCGGAAGCAGUGAUGUAUGUGUGUAAUGUAGCUGCUGAGUGGAGGAACACUUUUAACAAAGACGUUGUUGUAGACUUGGUUUGCUAUCGCAGAAGUGGUCACAAUGAAAUGGAUGAGCCAAUGUUUACUCAGCCUCUUAUGUAUAAACAAAUCCGUAAACAAGUGCCAGUGCUGAAGAAAUAUGCAGAUAAAAUGAUUGCUGAAGGGCUUGUCACCCUGCAGGAAUUUGAGGAGGAAAUUGCAAAAUAUGACAAGAUCUGCGAUGAAGCCUACACUAGAUCAAAAGAUGAGAAAAUUCUGCACAUCAAGCACUGGUUAGAUUCACCAUGGCCUGGCUUCUUCACUUUGGCUGGUGAGCCAAAAAGUAUGACUUGUCCUCCAACUGGUAUAUCUGAAGAUAUGUUGACACAUAUUGGAAAAGUAGCUAGUUCAGUUCCUGUUGACAGUUUCCAAAUCCAUGCAGGGCUUUCUCGUAUUUUAAAAGGCAGAGAAGGCAUGAUAAAGAACCGUGUUGUUGACUGGGCUCUUGCAGAGUAUAUGGCCUUUGGAUCAUUGCUGAACGAAGGUAUACAUGUCCGACUAAGUGGCCAAGAUGUUGAGAGGGGAACCUUUAGCCAUCGUCAUCAUGUGCUCCAUGAUCAGGAAGUGGACAGAAGGACAUGUGUUCCCAUGAACCAUCUGUGGCCAAAUCAAGCACCUUACACAGUGUGCAACAGUUCUCUCUCAGAAUAUGGUGUUUUAGGUUUUGAGCUUGGCUUUGCUAUGGCUAGUCCCAAUGCUCUAGUAUGUUGGGAGGCCCAGUUUGGUGAUUUUCAUAACACAGCACAGUGCAUCAUAGACCAGUUUAUCAGCUCUGGUCAGGCCAAGUGGGUUCGACAUAAUGGUAUUGUCUUGCUUUUACCCCAUGGCAUGGAAGGAAUGGGACCAGAACACUCUUCUGCCAGGCCAGAAAGAUUUCUUCAGAUGAGUAAUGAUGACUCGGAUCAUUUCCCUGAAUUUUCAGAAAACUAUGAUGUUAAGCAGUUGUUUGAUUGUAACUGGAUUGUGGUGAACUGCUCAACACCUGCUAACUACUUUCAUGUACUGAGGAGACAGAUCUUACUUCCCUUCCGCAAACCGUUAAUUAUAUUUACUCCAAAGUCCCUUCUGAGACUUCCUGAAGCUAGAUCUUCCUUUGAUGAAAUGGUAUCAGGUACACAUUUCAGACGUGUAAUUACUGAAGAGGGGGUUGCAGCUGAUAAGCCUGAGGAAGUAAAGAGGCUACUUAUUUGCACUGGCAAAGUAUAUUAUGAUCUUGUGAAAGAACGAUCAGUCCAAGGUUUGGAUAAGGAAAUAGCAAUUCUUAGAUUGGAGCAGAUAUCUCCAUUCCCCUAUGAUUCGAUGAAGACAGAAGCUGAGAAGUACUGCAAGGCUGAACUAGUCUGGUGCCAGGAAGAACACAAGAAUAUGGGUUACUAUGAUUAUGUUGAGCCCCGCCUCUUCACGCUUUUGCACCAUACACGUCCAAUUUGGUAUGUUGGCCGUGACCCUGCGUCUUCUCCUGCAACAGGCAACAAGAACACUCAUCUGGCAGAGCUGAAACGACUGCUAGACACAGCUUUCAACCUUGAAGCCUUUGAGGGAAAAAAGUUUUGAAGCUAUAAAUAUUUUUAGGUGUUUCUGUAUGUAUAGGGUUACAGACACCCUUUGUACAUUCUGGAUAACAUGUCUACAGCACAUUCUUGUAAGUGCUUUAAAAGUCACAAGGGCAUAUUGUAGUUAUUCUGCUGCACAUUUGCAUGAAAUUGGGUAACCCAAUGGUCACAGAUUGCCUACCAGGAUUUAAUUAUGAACCAUUUAAAUAAUAAAAGUAUCUAAAGUGUAACAAAUGUAUAAAUAUAACACAUUCUUAUAUGAUAUGAGAAGGGAGGUACCAGGACUGUUUCUGUGUUACUAUUGUAAUCUUGAACAUUCUAUAGUUGCAUAGGUAGAUUUUAGUGAGCAUCUAAUUUUUUAUUAUGAAAUGAGUAAAUACAUUGCAGCUGAUUUGGCAAGAGGUGUUAUACUAUUACAGCAGAAUGAAAUGCCAUAAAAUUUAGUGGCCUUAUAGCUAGGUUAAAUAAAUAUCCCUCCAUGGACAGUUACAGAGUAAUAUUGUUUGCAAGUUGAAAUUUCCAUUGAAAAUGUAUGUAUACCUGUACUCAAAGUCCGUAUGUCCAUGCUGAUUUCAUUUUCCUAGUAGAGAUUAUUUUAUAUAUUGAAAUAUUAAUUAAAAGUAAUCAGAUCACUGUUCAACCCAAACCAUGACAGUGGUAGAUUACAGUUAGAAUUCCACCUCAUAUUGUAGUUGCUCCCACAAAGAUCACUGCAAAUCUGACAAAAUCCCAGUUUUCUAAUCUCGCUGAUGUCAUCAGGAAGGAUAUCACACUAUGAUGCAACCCAUUUUUGUAGCUUACUCAGUUGUUCUCUUUUGUUACUGGGUAUUCCUGCAUUUGUUUGUCAACAUCACUGCUGUCUGGCCAAGUCAUCUUUCCCUUCUGUUGCUGGCAGUGUUUUACUGCUAUUUUCACAAAUGAAUGAUGUAGUUUGAAUGCAGGUUAACAGUCAUGACUCAUAAAACAUAAAAAAAGAAAGAAAAAAAGAA